GUUUUGGGAAUACCUCAGUCACCUUUCAAACACAGUUUUUACACUAACGCGUGAAGUACGCAAUACAAUGACACUAACUUCCUCUCCUUCAAUCUAAUUUAAAAUCAAAUAACUAUGUAAGAUCACAGUUUUCCAAACUUUAUUGUUACCGAAAACAAAUAACUGUCAAUGAAAGCGUAUACGAAAGACAGCAUCAACGAUUCGUAAGUAAGUACAGGGUCAUGGAUUUCUAGACAGCCGUUACCGGAAUUUAAUCUAGGUGCGAAUUUUCAUGACGUACCCAGGUGAUAAAAAUCACAGUUUAAAUAACGAACCAUGAACACAGACUGCUUGUUAACUUAUAUAAGCGAUCCCUCAUAAAAUUUACUAUUAGUAAACUACACAUGUGCAUUUCCGGUUGAUAAAUAUAGUUAAAAGAAAAAUUGUAAUUCGUGCAGAUAAUCGCUCAUCUUUAACUUGAAAAUGGGUCUUAAAAUUUCAAAUUGAAGCCAUGAAUUUUCAAGGAUCUGUCAACUGAAUGUUGCCAAGCAUUAAAAAGACUAAUUUUAACUCUAAACAAAUUCGACUAGUUGAAUUGAAUUUCAGUUUGAAGCUUACAAUCUCCAUUUUAACCAUUAUAAUCUCCACAAACAUUCGGAGUGCAAAUUGACAAAAAUGUAUGUAUUUGAGAACCCUUAUAAAAGAGCGCGAGUUGUAACGGUUUUCUAAUCGAAUGAUUGCUUGAUGUUUGGGUUCAGUAUGGAUAAUAUCAGCAAGGUAGAAUCAUCCUCGCAGAAUAGUUCUGUCUGUAGUACAAAUUUAAAUGCAAAAUGUCGUGAUGACAGUAUUUCUUUAGAAGAACAGUCAUUGCUCGAACUCGUGCAAAGAGGAAUUUCCGAAACAACUCAAGAAAAUAUUACAUUUAGAAAAGAAAUUAUACCGUUGUUAUCUACCUUAAAUCUGGAACCACAAUCUUUGCCUAAUGAUAUUAAAGAAGGAUUGCAAAAAGUAGCAUUAAUCUUAAGGUUUGAAAAAUUAUCUGAUCUGGAUGACAUUGUACUAAGGAUAGUGUGUGAAGAGAGGAAAAUAGAAGAAAGAAAAAAACAACGAGAAGAGAAACAAUUAGCAUUAUUGUAUGAUAAUCUCUUUAGGAAAUAUACUAAAUUCUCAAAAAAACUCAGUCAUUUACAAGAAGCUGUGAAUACUAUUGAAGAAUUUGUGAAGGACAGUCAAAAGGAUCAAACGGAUAGUUAUUGUAAUCAAGUUUUACUGUCUACAAAACUGAAAGAAUAUAAACAAACUGUAGAAAAAUUGGAAACUGAUUUAACAGAAAUGCAAAUUGAAGAUCUUUACCCACAAAAAAUUUUAAAUAAAUAUAAUAAAUAUAUGGAAAUGUGUGGUGAAUUAGCAGAACUUAAUCAAGAUCUUAAUCAAUACGGAGAUUUACCACCAAACUUACUACAAGCUAAAGCAUUAAUUGAAGUGAAGCAAGAGGAAUACGAAACAUUAGAAAAGGUAUUCUUAGAGAAGACAAGUUAUUCUUAACAUUGUUUUAAAUUUACAAUGUUUUCUUUGUAAGUUAUUUCAUUUUUGUACAAUAAUAAACAACAAUAUUAUAUUUAUAGCUUUUAUACAAAUAAAUUUUAUUUAAAA